GUUAUACAUGUUUUGUCAGUUAUAAAAUUAUUGUGUAGCCAGUAACAAGUUAGUCAUUGUGAAAAUAAGUUUAGUGUGACUUUUAGGUGGUUCUGUUUUUGUGUACCAAUAUUAAAUAUUAAUAUUAUUUUUUUGACACAAAUCUGUGUAUAACAACCAAACACAUUCAAAAUGGCAAUCAGCAGAUUAUCUUUAAUUAAAUUUUUAGAAUUAGCUAUCACAAUAGUAUGUGUUAUACUACAUUACAAAAGUUUCUCUGCCGGAGGUGAUACAGAAGUUCUCAUGUUAAUAACUGGAACAUUCUGUGGAUACUUUAUCAUAUUAAUUGGUGAUAGUGCUGGUCAUCUUUCAUCAUCACCUGGACGUAAAUUGGAUGCUUUCUACAGUUUACUUGGUGCUGCAUUAUUCAUUGCCAGUGGAGCUUUCGCCAUCAAAUACUCCGAUUCAUUCUUCAACAGCAAAGAAACUAAAAACUACGCAAUGGCAAAAGGUAUUCUUGCCAUUAUCAACGGAGCUUUAUUCCUAGUUGAUUCAUUGUUCACAUGGCGUGGUGAACAUUAAAAAUAAACUACUCGAAUAUAAUUUAAAAAACGCUUUCGUAUAAAAUUCUAUUUACUUUUAAACAA